ACGGAUUAUAAAGCGAGGGCCCAGACAGCCAAGCCGCCGGGCGACCCCCUGUCCAGAGGCAGUGAACCCCCCCGACGCCACCGCUGCCGCCGCUGCGACCGGCUGACAUCGGUGGAUUCACGACCCCUGGGACCCCCCGGACGAUGAGGGACCCGCUGUGAGAGACCCUGGGGGGAUUCCGGUCCCGCGAGACCGCUUGCAGGCACUAGGCGAACCCGCAGAGCCGCGGGCGUCGAGACUCGAGGGGGGCCCCCCCCCUGUUACUCGGGACCCCAAACAUCGCGGGGACCCUCGGAGGCGCCUUUUGAAAGAUUCCCGACACCGGAGACGCCACGAGCAGGCCCCCUCUGCUCGUGCUUGGUGUGCACAUGGCAGGAGAGUGAAGUCCGCACGGCAUCAUGGGAGACGACAAGCCAUUCGUGUGCACGGCUCCAGGGUGCGGGCAGCGCUUCACGAAUGAGGACCACCUGGCCGUGCACCGACAUAAGCACGAGAUGACGCUCAAGCUGGGGCCCAUGCGCAGUGACAGUGUCAUCGUCGCCGACCAGACCCCGACGCCGACGCGCUUCCUGAAGAACUGCGAGGACGUGGGGCUCUUCCACGAGCUCACCGGCUCCUUCGAGCACGACCUCAAGAAGACUCCGGCCGGCGAGGUCGACACGCCCGACGUCCCAGCCGCCCGCCACACCUCCUCGCUUGCUCCGCCACCGCCGCUACCAAGGGGAGGCGACACCGGUGGGGGUGGCGGUGGCGGCGGCGGUGGUGGCGGUGGAGGCGGUGGAGGCGGUGGAGGUGGUGGAGGCGGUGGUGAGAACAAAGAUGAUGCCCAUGACGGGAGGAGAGAGAUGCUCGCGGCGACCAGAGAGGAGGAACGGAACGCCCGACAGAAGGUGCGUGCAUGGAUGUCUCUGGGCGUGUGCGAGGGAGGAGGGGGCUUGGGGCCCCCCAGGGAGCCAGCUCCCCCGGACGGCACUGCCCCUCCCCUGCCCGCCCCUCCUUUCCGGCAGGACGGCCCCAGCAGCAAUAACAAGGAGCCCGUGUGUGCCGCCCCUCCCCGCAAGCUGCCGGCUCCACCGCCGGCGCCCGCGGCACGGCCCUCUUCGCUGCACCUGCUGUCCCGCGGAGACGCCAGCGCCACGGGGGCCGGAGCCGGCUCCAUCAUCCCCCAGACUCUGGACUCUCCCACCGCCGUGUCCGUCAUCACGCAGGCCCCGCCCUCCAACCGGCAUAUGGGGCCUCCCCUGCCAGGCCCCGUGCCCAUGUACAUGCAGCUGCCCAACGGCCAGCCGCUGCCCAUGGGCUUCCCGGGGCCUCCGUCCAGCUCCCUGGCCCUGUCUCCAGGGCAGGGCCCCCCACACCUCCCUCCACCGCACUCCUCUGGGAUGUCGCGGCCGAUGAACCUCGUGCCCAACAUCCCAGGAAUCCCGGGACCUCCCAUGAACCACACGGGGCUGCCACCACUGCUACCCCCCCAUUCGGAGGCUAAGAUGAGGCUCAAGGCCGUGCUGAGCCAGCAGCCGAGCACCAUGGGAGCGAGCAUGACGGAGAUGCAGCCGCUGAGCGUGUUCACCGGCGGGCGCCACGAGCUGCCCGGCGCGGGCCCACCGCCCUCGCAGAUGUCUCCCGGUUACCUCUCGUCGGGACAGCCGUCGCCACAGUCGUCCGUGAGCAGCAGGGGGGGAGGAGGGGGAGGCGGCGGGGGAGGGGGAGGAGGCGGGGGCAGCGGGCGCCGGCGGCGCUCGGCCGACGACGACCCCGACGAGAGGCGGCGCAGGUUCCUGGAGCGGAACCGCGCGGCCGCGACGAGGUGUCGGCUCAAGCGCAAGGCCUGGGUGUUGAACCUCGAGCACAAGGCCGAGGAGCUCACGCACACCAACAUGCAGCUGCAGAGCGAGGUGUCCAUACUGAAGAACGAGGUGGCCCAGCUGAAGCAGCUCCUGCUUGCUCACAAGGACUGCCCCGUCACCGCCAUGCAGCGAGCCGGACACGGAUACGUGUCUGACCCGGAGGAGGGCCCUGCGGACGACGCCCUCGGCCCCGCGCACCUCCAGCAGCAGCAGGUGAUCCAGCACGGCACCCCCACCUCCUCCUCCUCAUCCUCCUCCUCGUCGUCGUCGUCCUCCGCCGCAGCCAACGGCCUCCCGCCGACGACAUCGUCGUCGUCCACGCACGAUGCGGCGGCGGCGGCGCAAGCGAGGGCGGCGCUGGGCCUGGGCCUCGCGUCCUCGCGGCCGCAGCCAACGAACAGCUGACAGGACGGCGCCACAGCCGCUCCGGGCUGCGCGUCGCCGCCGAUCCUUGAGAUGUGAGGAACUCGUAGAGGCCGUGACGACCGCUGCUCCAAGCCGCUCACUACGUACGCAUUGGAGGGAACUCCCGGGGGGGGGGGACAACGCUGCCUUACUCGAGCGAGCGCAACCGUGUUGGCUCCGCUUGCGCCGUGCGUUCGGUGGACAGACGAGCGAUGAUGGUCGGGAGGGGGCCAGGAGCUCGUCCGAGCCGCGCCCUCCAAUUAAUACUCACGGCGGGACCACGAUGCCGUGCGGCGCUCGGACGUGGCGGGGUGGGGGGGGGUGGCUGCGCCCUCCCUCCCCCCGCAACCCGGCUUCCCCCACAGCUCCGUGCGAAAAUAUAACCACCGCGCGUUUGCGUGCGGGAGCAGCCAAGCAGCGGAAGGGAGCAUCUCCAUGAAAAACAAAAAUCCAGCCUCCUAGUGAAAACCUCCGCCUGGGCACGACGACGUCUCUCGGACAGCGCGCCGGGAAUCCGGGAUGGCGGCGGAGCCGCCGUGCCGAUAGGGGGGGGGGGGGGUGGGGGGGGUCUCUCCUCGUUUACAGCGGCUCCAUCAAGUGCCGCUAGCACGGCGAGUUCCCCCUUGACACCAGCACCCGGAACGGACUCGGGCGGCGAGGACUCAGCUGCUAUAAUUUGUACGAUGCAAUCUCCCAAAGAGCUACUCGACCCGCAGGACGCAAGCCCGCGGGCGGGCGGGCGGACGGGCGGACGAACGAAAGGACAAACCGACUCGGAGCACUUCCACGGCACGAGGGCUGGGUGCCGAGAUUUUAACCGGAAACCGCACUGCGUCGGUGCCCGGCAAUACGCGCACGCACGCGCGUACGCGAGCCGAGGGUUAGAGGGGCGAGGCGCCAUCGGCCUGCGCCCCCGACGCUGUACGUGAAGAAGCUGUCGUGCGCCCUUUGCCUUGUGCCAACCUAGGCGAGUUACACACGGACUGUUAGCGGUGGACGCAGCCCAACAGAGGGGUAGAGCUCUCGUCUCAUAGAUGGGGGUUCUUCAUCCUCAUGACCUGCCACGGUACUUCUUACUCAGUUUGCCAUCUUGUUUCCUACUCCUGCCUUAGCCCCGUUUACAGAGACCGCUGGGUCAUUCGACUUCCGGCAACAGUCCUCCUCCUGUUGGCAAUGAUCGUCGCGCGCCAAGCGCCCGUUUAGCUGGUGGCUCCAUCUCCCUUCCAAUGCGAACGGAAUGGUCACGAGUGGUACGCACCCGGCGAUUGCAGUGCACGUUCCACGUGGAGCAGGCGACAGACCUGGUUUCAAUUGACAUCGAGACGUCGUGGGAAAUUAGAAAUCGCGCACUUUCACACGUACGCACGACAUCUCGGUCUUUCAUUUGAACCAGCGCUAGGUCACGUGAAAUGUGUUUUUCACAAUCAUCGGGCACGUUCGCAAGCUCGUAAACCGCUUGGUGUGCAUGUGAACGCGGGUAAAAUGGCAAACGUGGAAUUGUGUACCGGGGUGGGUUCCAAGGACGGGAGUGAGGAGGCCUAGGACACGGUCCCUUGGUCAAUCCACUGCUGGAUGAGGGCCUCCCCACGUCGUGGGGCAGUUACGUGGCCAUCCUUCACCACCCUGGGAAGAGUGCGGGUUGAAGGUGGGGACCACAGACGUGGAAGCAGUGAAGUACAGUAUAAUGGAUUCUGCUGCACAGGACAGGCCUCUUUGGGUUGUGUCUCCCUUGAUGCUGCUGAUGCAAGCGGCGACGAGGUCGGGGGUGGAACGACGCAUCGACUCGCCGACAAACGUCGAUUUUUAAUCCCGCUAUACCCGCACAAAAAUGAUUGGGUUUUAUUCACACCGUAAUCUCUGUACGUAAUUAGUUCUUCAACCCCUGCGGCAACAACAACGAUCUUACAGAAGUACUUGUUAGUCAAAUCGCGUCGCCGCCUCGAGUCGAUAACGAUUCACCGAACCGGUGAAGGAGGAUGAAUCGUUCCGCCCCUGACCAACGCGUCGCACUCCACCUCCCGUGGAGCGAGGGAUGGUGGAGCCCCGCGGCCUACCACGUUUCCCCCCUCCUCCACUUCCCUGUUAAAACUGCCGACAAACCUAACCUCCUGAGCACGCGUAAAAACGAGGCUGAUGCAAUGUACAUACACGGGAGGCAUGUGGGCAACGGCCGUCGGUCUUGUCCGUCCGUCACGCAGACCAGCUGCAGAUUUGUCUCGACACCAAUCGGCCAGACACAUUCUCUCUCGACGUGCACCGUCCGUCCGUGUGUCUGGCGAGCGGAGAUGGGCCGGAGAUGGCACAAGGCCGUCUGGCGUCGAGGCAAGACUCUGGACGCACCGUACUGCCCGUCCCCGACCGUUUUGGGGUGUCGAGAUGAACUCCCGACACGGACGGUUCGUCUCCACGUCUCGCUAUCUACGUGACGUCUCCACGUCACGCUAUCUGCGCGAUCUGCGUGACGUGGAGACAGUCUGGCUGUGGAGACUGACGGACUGUUUUGACGGACCGUUUUGACGGACCGUUUGCCCGUGUGGCGCGUGGACACGGGCUGGAGUUGUUCGUCUCGCGCGUCCCACUAAAGGUCGUCCAGUCACAUGCGCUGCCCGCAUCAGUAAUCCUUUGCCUUAAAAGUGCAUGCGUUCAGUUUCAUUAUUUUAUUUGAAAAUGUUACCAUUUUUUUUCAAGUCCCGUCAAUAUUCAGACACCACUGUGUAAUGGCAAAUAGGGGUUUUUAAUACUAAUAAUUUAAAUUGCUUUGGUUGUUAAGUGUAUAUGCAGUUAUGCUACAAACUGGUUGCAAAUAGACGCUGUGUAACGGCAGCUGCUUUAGAUUACAUGAUACGACGCCCAUACACACUACUGUAUAAUUAUUUCAAAUCCUGACUCUGACGUCGGAUUUAACAUGUAAAUAUUGAUAACACGCUUUUUUUUAAGUUGU